AUGCAAGAGAAGAGUGUCGUAAUCAUAGGUGCCGGAAUUUCCGGCUUGAAAGCAGCUUCUGAGCUGUACAAGUUAGGCUACAAGUCUUGCGUGGUCUUAGAAGCUAGAGAUAGAAUCGGUGGCAGACUAUACACAGUUCCAGGCUACAAAGAAAACAAAUACGACAUAGGUGCCAGCUGGCACCACGACACACUGAUCAAUGGCCUCUUUCUUGAAGAACUAGGGCUCUCCAAAGAAGAACGUGCGCAUUUUGUGUUCGAUGACGAUGUUGCAGUCAUUUUCGACAAAGAUCGUGGCCGUGUAGACAACAACCCAGAAAUGACACUCGAAUUGCUAUUAGAAGAGCUCAUUAAGUUCAACGAGUUGCAGUUUUUUGAAGGUCUCGACGUCACAGACACCAGCUACUUCGAGACCAUCGUCAAAUAUCUGUACGAAAGAAGGGACCUGCUGACCGACGACCAGAUCAAGUAUUUGCCCCAAUUGGCCCGCUACAUGGAGUCCUGGCAUGGUAUCGACUGGAAAUCUAUGAGCUCCAAAUGUAUGGAGAUCGCUCAUCAAGGUCGCAACGCAUUUGUGAUGAAUUUCGAUAAAAUCGUCAAGCGAAUUAGCUCCACAUUUCCCGAAGAGUGGCUAGUGAUGGAAACAGAGGUGACAUCUAUAGAUACACAGGGCAUCAAGGCAGUAGUAAAAACUAAUAAAGGCGAAAAUUACGAAUGCGACUUCGUCUUGGUGACUAUUCCGCAAAGCAUUCUGGCUCACUCGUUGAGACCCGAGCCACGUAAGGGUAGAAUAGAGUUCACUCCACCUCUGACUCAAAAAAUACAGGAUGCUUUCAAAACGGCCCAUUAUGGUGCUCUUGGGAAGGUCGUGUUCGAGUUUGAAGAAUGCUGUUGGUCCAAAAAGCGAUCCCGGGCAUUGUCACUGGGGAAAUCGAGCACGGACAUCAUUAAUAAAGUAAGAGAUGCAGACGAUCUUGCAUCGCUCAUAAAAAGGCUCGAUAUUGACACCGAAUACAAGUUUGAAGAAGGCGAGUCCUGGGACUUUCCACUGUUCUUCGUGAACUUGGCUAAACACUCCGACAUCCCUUCUUUAAUUAUGUUGAUGGCAGAUCCGCUUACCAGACACAUCGAAUCAUUGGAUGACAAAGAAAAGCUUUAUGAUUUCUUUGAACCGGUUUUGGCCAAGCUCCUUGAGGCCUUCGAGUGUUCUGGCUCGGUAACAGUAGACUUUGACGACAAACUAAAAACGGGCGAUCAGAAAGGCCCCAUUUUGAAAAAUAUUUUUACGACCAAGUGGACUCAAGACGACUACGCUCUAGGCGCAUAUUCUGCGUGUGUUCCGGGGGACGAUCCACUUGAUCUCGUUUUGGCCUUGACAGAUAAUGAUGGUUCAAAGAUCCGGUUUGCUGGUGAACAUACCAUCAUGGAUGGCGCCGGCUGCGCGUAUGGUGCCUGGGGUAGUGGCAAAAGAGAAGCAGUGUUUAUUGCCCAAAAAAUGGGCAAAAUCUGA